AUGUGGCUGAAGGAGUUCCUGCAAGAUGAAUGCAUUGGAGCUAUGGACUGGCCCACUCUUUCCCCAAUUCUUAAUCCAAUUGAGCACCUCUGGGACAUCACGAUUCCAUCCAUUUACCGUCACGCUGCACCACAAAUUGUCCAGGAGAUGGUGGAUGCUUCAGUCCAGGCCGUGGAGGAAAUCCCUCAGGAGACCAUCCACCACCUCAUCAGGAGCAGGCCCAAGCAUUGUGACUAUGUGCUGUUGACGGUGUACUUUGAUCUGAGCAGGAGGAUGGGCUACUUCACCAUCCAAACCUACAUCCCCUGUAUUCUCACCGUGGUUCUCUCCUGGGUUUCUUUCUGGAUUAAAAGUGACGCCACGCCUGCCAGGACAACCUUAGGUAUCACCACAGUGUUGACAAUGACCACCCUGAGCACAGUGGCCAGGAACUCCCUACCCAGAGUCUCCUACGUAACGGCCAUGGAUCUGUUUGUGACCGUCUGUUUCCUGUUCGUCUUUGCUGCCAUGAUUGAGUACGCAAUGCUCAAUUACUACUCCUACAUUAUACGCAGACCACCUCCAAAGAUGCAGAGAAUGGCCUAUUCAUCUUUCAACAUGGGUCGUGCACCUCGGUCCAUGAUGCCAAUGGGUAACUCUUUGUUCUGGCAUGACUAUGAAGACAACUGCCUGUACGAGUGCCUGGAUGGCAAAGACUGCAAGAGCUUCUUCUGCUGCUUUGAAGAGUGUAAAGAAGGUGGUUGGAGGAAAGGACGGAUUCACCUCAACAUCCAGGAGCUGGAUUCCUAUUCCCGGGUGUUUUUCCCCACCUCCUUCUUGCUUUUUAACAUAGUCUACUGGGUCAGCUACCUCUAUCUUUAGUCUAAUUGGGUGGUGAUCUUUGGACCCUGCCAGAACACAUCUCCUUGUUUUUCACCAAGACUGGAGAUAUAAAGUCUUAACUGAGGGAAGUUCAGAAAAUUGUCAAGAACUGGUCUAUGGGGAUUUUUACUGAAAUGCUUUUUAAACGUUAGGACUUUAAGAGUUGGCAUAUGACUUCUCCCAUACUGAAGACUAAACUAUCAGGAUUAACCUGAAAGGCCAAUUUUAUGACGGAAAAGUUCGGGGACAGGGUUGCAAAGCUGAAUCUUGGACAUCGAGAUAGCGAGCACCCAUAGUGCCUUCUCUGGAAAGGGUGCGACUUCAGAGUUUCCUCCAUUACAUCACUGGUCACAAGGCCGCAUGCUGAGCUGUCGGACGAAACCAAUCCGGAUCACAGUUUUUCACAAAUGGACAUGUUUGGACAUAUAUGUAAUGCUUUCAUUUUGUAGCAGCUUAGUUUUGGUUCUAUACUGGGAAUCUUUUUUUUUUUUUUAUUGUUACAAUAUCUCCAUCCUUGGUUGUGCUUUCACAAAAAUGCAGCUACACAUAUAUUCUUAAUAGUUCAAUAUAAGUUGGAGCUGCAGUAUCAGCUCAACAGGCAGUUGUUUCUAAUGCUUUAUAACCACAGGAUGCAGUUUACAACUGAUGCCAAGAAGAGUUAGUUUUUUUUAAAUAUAUGCUGGGUUAUAUUCUUAGAUAAAAGUAUAACAACUAAACCCCAGCUCUGGGAAUAUUAUCUAUGUUUAAGAACACAAAUAGGAUUAGUUUUUAGGAGUUUUCUGGCUUCUUAUUGAAAGCAGUUUUUACUCCUGUUAGAAUUUCUUUCUGUCAUCUUAGGAAUUAUCAGUCUCUUUGUAAAUGAACAGUUUGACAUUUUGAGAGAUUUAGUUAGUUAUUUUUCAUUUGACUAAAUGUAUAUUACGGCAUUUUUUCCCUUCUCAAACUAAAAUCCAUAGCUUGCAUAAGUAUGCACCCAAUGAAGUCAUAUCACAUUAAUAGAAACGGAAAACAUUUAAACUACAGGAGACAAUCAGGUCAUUUAUUAUUAGUAUUGAUUUAAUAUCUUUGUUUCUUGUAAUUGAUUGCCUAUUUAAAGUGACAUAAGUAUCUAUGGUACUGGUCUGUUUUCUGUGUGAUGGUUUAACUUUAAUGUUUGGAUGAUGGUAAAGCUAUUUGUUUGG